AAAAAUGGCUGUGAAAUCUACAGUAAUUUACUGUCGAUUUCACAGUAACAUUACUGUAUAAGAUUUUUACAGUAAAAUAUUGUAAAGUUUACAGUAAGACUGUAAAAAUCACAGUAGUCCAAGCAUUACAGUUGAAAUCACAGUAGUCAAAGCAUUACUGCAAAAAAUCACAAUUUAGCCACUAUAGUACUGUAAAUAGUAAAGUAAACUACUGUAAUUUUCCUUUUUUUAUCAUAUCUUUCUUUGUACCCCUUUCACAUGGACAACUCCAGAUUAUUGUUGUUCAUAAUUCAUUACCGGAAUAUGAUGUAAAUACUCAAUGGUGAGCUUUAAGUAAAAGUGUAAUAUUAAUAAAUUAAAAUGUGUCAUGUAACUUGUACUCUGAUGCACCUGCUGCAGGUUUCUAUUCCAUACAAUAUAUAUUUUUUAAAGAAUUCACAUUCUCAAGAAUAUUUUUUGUUUGUUUGUUUGUUUUGUGACUGUAAAUGGGUGUUUGGGUGUAAAUGGGUGUUAACAGGGCAAUAAAAUAUUUGAUAAGCCUUAUCUUAAACUUCUCCAAAGUCUCCGCUGACAUGGUCUAACAAUAUAGGCUUCAUAAACGCAUCAUUUUUUGAGAUAUCAUCCUCAGAUUUGAACUGAAGCAUGACCAUUGGUUAUAAGUUGCAAUAGUAUAUUCACAUAAUUAUGUAUAUUAAUAUUUAAAUAUUAAUAUUUUAUACAUUUAAUAAAUAUAAUCUUAAUAUUUGUUGUUUUUAUUUUUGAGCUUGUAUAUCUCAAUAUUAAUAACAUCUGAUUAAUUUUGAGUUUUGAACUUGAGCCAAAACUCUCAAGCUUUGUAAAUAUAUGUAGGUUAUGUGUCUAUUCAGAAUGACUUAUGAGCAGCAGCCUUUUUAUUUUGGGUAGGCUAUGUCAUGUGCAUUACUUCCCAAAAUUGGGGCUGUCUGGUUAACUCAUAAAUACGUACCAUGGGAUUUUUAUUUUACAAACAUCAGUGUUAUAUAUAUUUUUUUUCCUUCGGAAGCAGGAGAGAUAAAGGUGCAAGUUUCCAGAGCUGUUUGGCGAAAUCAAAGCGCCAGAGUGGGCGGAGUUUACCCAGUCUAGAACGAUCUAGUAUCUGUGGGGGAAAAAAGCGCGAAAGAGGCAGCAGCACUUGAAUUUCUGACUCGUCGUCAGUGACAGACAAGUUCCGUUAAUUCUCAAAUCUAAGUUUCUUUACACCCGGUUUUGUCUUGUAACGUUAUUUAUUUUGUUUUCGUCUUUGUGUUGAUUUCUUUAACUUUUUGCCUGAGAGGAAUUCAGCAAAAACGUUUCCGUGAGAGCUCCGACGGAGACGUCUUCGCAGCCGUUAACGUUAAGCUCCGUUAAUAACAGACUAUUACUCAAAUUUACGUUUCUUUAUACACGGAUUUGUCUUGUGGUUGUAAAGUUAUUUAUUUUGUUUUCGUCUUUGUGUUGAUAUCUUUCACUUUUUGCCUGAGAGGAAUUCAGCGAAAACGUUUCCGUGAGAGCUCCGACGGAGACGUUUUCACAGGCUUUAACGUUAAUGUAUUUUUCCCACCCGUGGCCUCUGCCGGAGUUUCCAUCUUGGAAUCGCGGAUCCUUCACAGACUGCUUAUCGGGACUUCCAGAAAAUCAAAGAAUGAGUAAUGGACUCCAUUGAGAAGGCAAUACAGGCCGUGCUACCACAGCUAGAUGAAGCAAAGCUUGAAACUUUAGUCAAUGAGUUGGUGAAAGUAGGUGUUGAAGGACCAGAUGAUCUGCAGUUUAUUCAAGAAGAUGACAUCAAACAUCUGCUCACACCCAUUCAGUGCAGAAAAAUUAUUCAUUCCUUGAAAGUGUGUAAUGCAGGUCCUUCAAAUCCCCAGCUGAGCCCUUCAUCGUCUGAGCCACUGUCAGUUGCCUAUUCCAGCACAUGCCCCAUAUCAUCUAUAAGUCCCAUCUCUGCAUGGGUGAACAGUUUUGAGGUGCCAUGGAACAAAGUGAGGCUGACUCUUAGAAGAGCAGUAGAUGCUGGUGAGAGGCCAGCUCCGGAUGACCGCAGACACUUGAUAAAAGUCACUGUUGAUGCGAUGAGAGAGCGUUCCUUGAACCCUACUCGCAGAGAGUGUGUGGUAGUGGCUAAAGCUAUAACUCAAAAAUAUCCAAAUAGCUUUUUAGACAAAAAUGAAGAGGGGGAGCUAAUUGGAUGUGGGUAUUUCAGCGUUAUAAAUCAGCUCAAAACCAGAGUAGAAUAUUUGAAUCGAGGCAACUCUCUUUCCCGUCUGAGGAAGCACAAACGCACCCAGAGAGAUGAUGAGGAUGGUGAUGAUGACCAGCCAGCAGUAGCUACAUGUGCAAGAAUCGACAGUUAUGGGUGUGUUCGUUGGCAGCCAGCGGACUAUCCAGAUGGGGAAACAUCAGCAUCAUUAGAGGAAAAGAAGCUUGAGAUGAUUGAUAUAUUCAGCCGAGAGGGACUAAAGGGCGCUGAGAGAGGAAGGGUAGAAGACCUAAUGGCAAUCACUUAUGCCAAACAGCGGGAAUACAUCAACGCAAAGCCUUCCCCAAGCAUUCUGAAUGUGGGUAAAGAGUGGCCAUUUCUCUUUUCACAGAAGUUUUUAUUGUCACACUUCACCACUCUCACCAAUGUUGAACUAUACACAAGACUGAAUGAAGAUAUGGACAAAAAGGGUAAAAGACUCCUGGAUUUCUUCAGUAGUCAGAUUACAAAGUGGAGGAAAGAAGUAAGAGCUGUUCUGAAGGAAGCCAUAAAGAAGGACCGAGAAGGAUCUGAUGGCCUAGCAGCGAUGCUUGUGAUGUUGGCACACUUCAAAGAGCAAGAGGAGUCACUUUUUCUCAUUGCUGAUGAGACUACCACUCCCGCAGACGCAGAGGCCCAGCUGUCUCUCCCAGUCACUCCAAGGAUCAUCAUACUUGGAGAGACAAUCCUGACUGCAAAAAAAUGGAUGCUGUCGAUCGAGGGGAGGGUCGUAAUCCCACCUGGUGCUCACAUGGCAGACUUCACCACUGCCUUGGCCGCUCUCUUCGCCUGUUACUAUGUAUUCAACCUAGAGUAUCAGGUGGAAGCCAGCACAACACUGGAGUUUGUUCAGAGGGCUCCAACUAGGAUUCUAGGUCUCCAAGGUCAGGGCAUGCAAGAGGCCAUAGUGGCAGGGGAAGUUUAUUUUCCUUUCUGUUUUAAAUGUUCAUGUAAAUGUUAAAUUUUUUUUUUUUUUUUAAAUGUUCAAUGUUUUAUUUUAUUUCAGUAUUGCCAUAGUGUUAUUUAUUACUCUUUAGAAUGUGGUAAUAAUCAGUUAUUUAAAAAGCUUCAAAGUAGUUCAAUAUUUUGACCGUGUUGUAUCAAUUUGCGUUAUUGUUCUGCCAUAGCAACCAGUCAUGUGGAACUAGUGAAUGAACUAGUAACAGUUUGCUCUGUAACUUUACAAAACUUGUAAUGAAAUAGCCUCGUUUUGUAAAAUUUUCUUAAGUCAGUAAUUAAAUUUAGCAACAGUAGAAUACGCAGAUAAUAGACUUCACGCCAUUAAAAAUUACAAACACAGAAUGUUCGUUAACUUUGGAUGGCAUAAUGACAUGUUGUCCAGUGUCAAUUAUCCCUUUAUGUUGUAACUGUUUUGUCAUUCCUGUUCACCAAAUGUUUUUAAAUAAAUAACUGUUAACAAUUUUCUUAUUGUCUGCAGUUGAUUGCAGGGUUUAAGAAUAUGGGUGAUUCUUUUAAUGAUGGCUAAUAUUAAGUCACAGUGAUACAGUAUUUAAAUUGUACAGUGAGAAACUGAAUUUACAGUGAUUAACUGUUAUCUACUGCUUAUAGUACUGUAUUGCAUACAAUACAUAAAAACAGUGCUUAACUGUUUUUUGUAUGUAAAUACAACUAAAAUCACAGUGUUUCAUUGUUUUUUUUAUUUUACAGUGAAUACACAAAAUACUGUAAAUGGAAGUACAGUACCCUUACUGUAAAACGUAUUCACAGUAACUUACUGGCAACAAUUAGCCAGUAAGUUACUGUAAAUACAACUAAAAUCACAGUAUUUAAUUGUUUUUGAUUUCACAGUGUAUACAUAAAAUACUGUAAAUGGAAGUACAGUACCCUUACUGUAAAACAUAUUCACAGUAACUUACUGGCAACAAUUAGCCAGUAAGUUACUGUAAAUACAACUAAAAUCACAGUAUUUAAUUGUUUUUGAUUUCACAGUGUAUACAUAAAAUACUGUAAAUAGAAUUACAGUACCCUUACUGUAAAACGUGUUCACAGUAACUUACUGGCUAAUUGUUGCCAGUAAG